AUGAAGAUAACGACAAGGACCACAAAUGAAUGUAUUAUAGAUUACAUUCCAGUUAUUACUAGUAAUACAAUAAAAGAAGAGAUAACAGAAAAAUAUCCAGAGGAAGUUCAAGAUGUUGAAGUAUUUGACAAAGGAAUUAUUAAGAGAUAG